CAAAAGAAAACCAGAAAGGAGAAUAGACAUCAGUGCCUCGCUUUCUCGCGAGUGUCCGUCGGGCGUAGGCUCGUCGUGAAUUAGUACUUAGCGCGCCAGAAUAUUAAAAUCGCUCUCGUCAAAACAUGAGCUCGUUUCUCCCCCACGCGAUCUCGGGCCGGAAGAAAACCUGCGGCCCCCCGCCCGCGAAAAACGCCGUCUGCGCCCCGCCGCGAGCUGAGAAUGCCGAAGCCGCCCGGAGUACUACUAUUAAACCUGCAGCAACUUCUACACAAGAACUUCUACCCGGCAAGCGGCCGCAGAAACUGCAGGACACGGUCGACUCUUUACAAAACAAAACGCAACUGCUCCAAUCCACCACCCUCCUAUGCAUUGCAAAAGUAACGUACUAGUAGAAAUUGCAUGACAAAUUUCGGCAAGAAGAAAAGUGGAAUUUGUAAUGUUGUUUUACCUUAGGACGAAGCUUUGUCAUGCACAUUUGCAAUUAGUACGAGUGCGAUACUUUUGCACAGCAUACCUCCGCAGCUCGGACAACGAGUUCCUCGCGAGGACCAACCAGACAAAUCUCCCGCCCAGCUUCCGCAUAUCAUCUGUAAAAACGUUCCCACCCCGUAGUUGUAAUGCAUUUCUGCAUGCUGAAAAUAUUUCUCAUGCGGAGCCCCGUGACAAGCAUUUUCUACUCGUAAUUCGGAAAUUGUCAUGCUCCAAUCAGCAUAACAAGCUAGAUCUGUAAUACUGCUGAACUAGCUAAACAGGAUUACACUGCGAGGCCAAACUUGUCUUGCGCAACAGCCUACGGCUGUUGAUUUGUCUAGCAGAUUUCCCAUCUUGAUUAGGGGGUGGGGACAUUUUUGCUCCUGAUGCCGCACCCGAUACAGCAACAAUGCAGCUAGUACAACACUGAGUCGAGGACCCGCAGCCGCUCCCUCCGGUGUUGAACACCCGUCGCAGGGCAGCAAGCAGACUCCGAACUACGCGAAACCGCGGCUCAACGCGGCCGGGUUCGGGAACUUUCGGAGGAAUCAGUCCAGGUUGAAGCAUAUCAAAUGCAAAUAUGUCUGGGUCUGGAAGAGAGCACUUGUUUGGCAUGCACGUUUUGCAUGACCCAUGAUGUCAUCUGUGAUGCAUGCCCUAGCAUCACAGAUGUUUUGAGGGCUUCCUCAUCGAUCCCUAAUCCGCAUGACAAAUGCCCUCCCCGCGUAGCAAAAACAGGACUUCGUUUGCUGCUCAUGCAAUACAGUUUUUCUUUGGAAUCUUCGAAACGCAGCAUCACAAGUUGUAUCCUUCCACCCCCAGUAGACAUGUUUGCAAUGCAUAAAGCAGGACGAGGAGCAUUUGGCCAACAGCGCGAUCUUCCAGGCGGCGCAAAGGUUUAGCAACGAAAUGGAGGAAAUCGGGAAGUCGUUGCAGGGCUUCGGCAGCCGGAAACGGGUAUGCAUUGCAAAAGCAUCGUGCACGUGCUAGUAUGAGAAAUAAGUAAGGUUUGCAGUGCUGCUGCGAUUAGUACAACGAGUGCGAUAGUACUUUUGCAAUGUAUAACGGGAGCUGAACGACAAAUAUUUCACGCAGAAAAAGAGCCUGUACGUAGGGGAAUGACGAGCAGAGGGCUUUUUGUUUUUCGGGUCGUUGGUCAUGCUAUACAACUACGAAUUGCGCAUGCAGUUCUGGUUUUGUAAACUGCCAUUGGUUCAACAUCUUGAGAAGAGUCCAAGCGGCCUAUGGACACUUGUUAUUCGCUGUGCAGUGCAAAAGUGCCGCGUCGUCAAGGAUCAUGUGUUGGCAGCAGCAUGACAAAAAAAAAUUCGAGGCUGCGAAACAAAAAUUUCCCAUGCAUACUCCGUUAUUAACUGCAAAAGUAUAUAUCGUACUCGUAUAAAUACAUUACAAAUUUUCUCAGCAUGAGAAAUAAAAUUUGUAAUGCUGAUUUGCCUUGAAAAAGAAACUUGUAAUGCAAGAUCUGCAUUUAUACGAGUACGAUACUUUUGCAGUUCAUAUCCGUUGGCAAACGGGACAAGGACGUCUCGAAAUCGACCGUGAAGGACAUCAGGGAAAUCGAGCACAACCGUAUUUGUAAUCCUGUGUCGCAAGAAGACGAGAAUUGGGAUCAAUGUCAAUGAACACAACUCAAAAAAAAUUCUUUGUGAUGCAGAAUUCCAAUUUGAGUAUACGAUGCGAACCACGAAAAGAGCAAUGAAAAUGAAAACCCAGCCAAGCACGACGCGAGGCAAGCAUUGGAAGAAGAGCGGGAGGGCAAACCGCCGACCGAUUGCGAGUACGCCUGCGACUACUUGCGUAGGGACUUGGACAACUACGUGGAGCACCGGAAAGCGUGUGUUGCGGCCGAGGAGUUUGGGGCAAGUAAGAAAUCCGAAAAUUUUUUGGCGACGGUCUGGGCCAGUGAAUUGGUGGUCGGUGAUUUGUGGCUACCGGGAAGCACGGCAGUCAACUGUUUCGACGUAUCGCUCGUUUUGGAGAGUUUCGCUUUCCUUUGUGCGAUGGCAUGAUAAAAAACAGAGCCUAUCGAGCUCCUUGUCAUGCAACCUAGCCUGCCGCUGCGCUCUGGGAAAGGUAAGAAAUCUCCUCCUCGAUACACCGACCGAUUUGAGUACAAAGUUGCAAAGCAUCCGGAAGAGGGACUGGUAUGACAACUUGGUGUUUUUUCCUCGAUGAUGCUGAGCAACAUGGGUGCAACUACGCAUGACAAAACUUUAUAUUUCUUUCGUUUCACGCAUGACAAAACAAACAUAAAACUUCUAGGUCUACAUGUUCAUGUCGUUCAAGCACUUCGAAUCGGUGACGUACGACCAGCUGACGAAAAAGGUUUCCUUUCGAUUACCGAAGACUCUCCGGUACUAUGCUAAGUACUACAAACCGGAAGCCAGGCCGGACCACGUGCUCUCCUUGACGUUUGCAACCGAGAAAGAUGCAACGAAGUUUCUGUACAAUGUUUACAAUGUGUACCUGAAGAAGAAGUAGAGUGGUCUAUUACCUCCAUAGGUAGCACACGAGACAGACAACAUCAGGUGCCAAGGGCGCAAAAUAGAAGAAAUGACGCGCAAAAUCAAGAUACAAAAGAUGUUGAUGAGUCAUAGUACCAACGCUAGAAAUAAACACGAAUUGUGAACUACACGACCAUCAAACCACAUUUGGAAAAUAAACUUUGUACAAAUCUGAAAGAGCUCUUGUCAUCUUUCUCCGUCUAGUCGUUCCACUAAUUAU